GACGAAAAUAUCUUUGAUAAGGGUGCCUAAUUAGUAUAUGAAGUAAGUCGGUUAUUAUUUUAUGAUAGUUAGUGACCUGACCGUUGGAACAUGAAGGGUUUUGCUUUCGUUUUGUUGUGCGCGCUUGUCGCCGUACAGGGUCGCCACAGGGGCGAGCUUAGCCGUCAGGCAGCAGCCCUCGGUGAACAACCAUGGGUGGUGCACCUUCGCGUGGCCGUUGAAACCAGCGGCAACCUGAACUCCUGCGUCGGAUCCCUCAUUGACAACCAGUGGGUGCUUACUGCUGCCAGCUGCCUUUCUGGGUCCCGUUUCAUCUGGGUGCGAUACGGCGCUGUCGACGUAAUCAGGCCUUCCCUGGUGACUGAGAACUCCAACAUCCGCAUCCACCCUCAGUACAGCUGGGCUACUGGUGCCUUCAACGUUGGUCUCAUCAGCAUCAACAGAUUCAUCCAAUCUACCGACAACAUCUCCCCCGUGGCCCUCGUCGGUGACGUGUCUGACUCUGCUCUCUUCUGCGGCUACGGCGCCAGGGAAGACGGACAGCCCGGUGAACAGUUGAGCUGCUCCUCUGGAGUUGUUGAGGAGCGCGACGGUGGCUUCCUGGCCUUCAACGGCGAAGGUGCUGAGGCUACCAAAUACGACAUCGGAGCACCCAUCGUGAGCAACGGUGUCCAGGUCGCCAUCGUGACCGGAGUCGCUGGUGAAGACAGCGCUGAAUUGUGGCCUGUUGCCUCCAUCAAGGACUGGCUUGAAAACAUGACUGGAAUCAACUUCAGCCCUGAUGAUUCAGAAUCCGGUUCUGACGAAGAAGAAGAGGCUGCUGCUGAAAUCGCCCCUGAAGCCGUCCGUUUCGUCAACUAAGUCUCAUCUUAAUAAAAGCUCGAACCUUAAGUCACAGUCCAAAUAACUUCUCAAAACUGGCCCUAAACUGACCUUUUGGGCCAUACCUUCUUCAUUUAAAACUAUAAUGUAGUUCAAACUCCUUUAAAGGAUUACUUGUCUAUGGUUCCUAAAGUUUCAAAGAGCCUUGAAUUUCUAGCGGUCGAAAGGCAUUCAAAUAAAUUGUUGUUUUUUUAAACCGGUUUUCGAGCUGUUUGUUAAUUAAUGUAAUAAAUAAUUUAAUUAACUACA